GCCGGGGACUGUCGGCAGGGGGAGGCGCGCGCCAGGCCGCCCGUUCCUUCCUUCCUCCCUUCCUUGGCUCGCUCGCUGCUUCUGGCGGUCGGUUGGUCAGUCAGUCAGUCAGGCGGGCAGCCCGCGAGGCGGCGGCGCCUCCUGCCAUUGUUCCUCGGGCGGCGGCGGGAGCGGGAGCGGCGCGAGCAUCCCGAGCCGUGCAAGCUACAUCAUGACAACAGAGAAGGGCUUAGUGGCUGAGGCCGAGAAUCCACAACACCAACAGCAGAAGGAAGAAGGUGAAGGAGUUACCAGAACAGGAACGCAAGAGGCUCAGCAGGAGGACUCAUUGAAGAAGGCAGCUGAGGGGAUUAAUCAUUCUGAACAGAAGCAGAAGGCUUCCAAUGGUGACACCCCCCCACACGAGGACUUGAGUAAGAACAAAGAGCGGACAUCAGAAAGCCGAGGCCUAUCCCGGCUGUUCUCCUCUUUUCUCAAGAGGCCUAAGUCUCAAGUCUCUGAAGAUGAAGGCAAAGAAAUAGAAUUAGCCAAGGAUAAAAGAGAAGGAGAGCGGAGAGAAACAGAGCUUGGAGCUGGUCUUGAUGAAGAGAUCCUGUUAAAGGCCCCCAUUGCUGCCCCUGAACCUGAACUGAAAACAGACCCAUCUUUGGAUCUUCAUUCUUUAAGCAGCGCAGAAACACAGCCUGCCCAGGAAGAACACGGAGAAGAUCUAGAGUUUGAAACUAAAGAAGGAGAAGAACUUGAAGAGGGCUCCAGUGCAGAUGUGAAAAAAGAAAGUGUGGAACCAAAACCAGAGAAAGAGCUUGGGUCUUCCCAGAAAGCUGUCAGAAGACACAGAAACAUGCACUGCAAGGUGUCCUUGCUGGAUGACACAGUGUAUGAAUGCGACGUGGAGAAACAUGCGAAAGGACAAGAUCUGAUAAAGAAAGUAUGUGAACAUCUCAAUCUGUUGGAAGAGGACUACUUUGGUCUAGCCAUAUGGGAAAAUGCAACUUCCAAGACUUGGCUGGAUUCUGCCAAAGAAAUAAAAAAGCAGGUUCAUGGGGCUCCUUGGAAUUUUACAUUCAAUGUGAAGUUUUAUCCGCCUGACCCAGCACAAUUAUCAGAAGAUAUAACAAGGUAUUACUUAUGUCUUCAGCUUCGGCAGGACAUUGUCACAGGAAGACUCCCCUGCUCCUUUGCCACUUUAGCUCUGCUGAGUUCUUACACUGUCCAGUCUGAAUUGGGAGACUAUGACCCAGAACUUCAUGGUGCUGAUUAUGUUAGUGAGUUUAAACUGGCCCCAAAUCAGACCAAAGAACUUGAAGAGAAGGUCAUGGAACUUCAUAAGUCAUAUAGGUCUAUGACUCCAGCCCAAGCUGACCUGGAAUUUCUUGAGAAUGCCAAAAAGCUGUCCAUGUAUGGAGUUGACCUUCAUAAAGCAAAGGACUUGGAGGGAGUGGACAUCAUACUGGGAGUGUGUUCCAGUGGCCUUCUUGUUUACAAAGACAAGCUGAGAAUUAACCGCUUUCCUUGGCCCAAAGUGCUGAAGAUUUCCUAUAAGCGUAGCAGCUUUUUUAUCAAGAUUCGACCUGGAGAGCACGAGCAAUAUGAAAGUACCAUUGGAUUCAAACUUCCCAGUUAUCGAGCAGCUAAGAAAUUGUGGAAGGUGUGUGUGGAGCAUCAUACGUUUUUCAGACUAACGUCCACUGAAACCAUUCCCAAGAGCAGGUUCCUAGCUCUAGGAUCCAAAUUUCGUUAUAGUGGCCGGACCCAGGCUCAGACCAGACAAGCCAGUGCUCUUAUUGACAGGCCUGCACCACACUUUGAGCGUACAGCAAGCAAACGGGCCUCUCGAAGCCUCGAUGGAGCUGGAGCAGUAGAGACACCAGACCGAAGCCCUCGGCCUACCUCGGCACCAGCCAUUGCUCAGAGCCAUGGUCCGGAAGUCAGCUUACCUGGUACCUCAAAUGGCAAGAAAUCCACAGUCCCUAAAGUGCAGAAGGAAACUGUGAAGGUAGAGAUCAAAAAGGAAGAAGAGGCACCUGAACAAGUGGAACCAGAGCCCACUGAAGUCUGGAAGGUGGAAAAAACCCACAUCGAGGUCACACCACCCACCAUAAAUGGUGACCAAAUCCAGCAACCUGCAGAAAAAACAGAAGAUCUGAUAAGAAUGAGGAAGAAAAAAACAAAGAGACUAGAUGGUGAAAACAUUUAUAUCAGACAUAGCAAUUUAAUGUUGGAGGAUUUAGACAAGACCCAGGAGGAGAUAAGGAAGCACCAUGCCAGCAUUAGCGAGCUCAAGAAAAGCUUCAUGGAGUCUGUCCCUGAGCCUCGGCCCAGCGAGUGGGACAAGCGCCUGUCGACUCACUCCCCCUUCCGAACACUGAACCUCAAUGGGCAGAUUCCCUCAGGAGAAGGAACUAUGAAUGACAUUCCCAAAGAGGAAAUGGAUGCAGUGACAGAGAGACCAAACCUUGACCCUGAAUGGGAGGGCCUGGAGCAUUCAGUAGCUCAUAGUGGGACCCAAAUGACAACCCCAUUGGAGUCUCCACAAAGCCAUGACUUGGGGCCUGUCUUCAUAAACAGCAAGGAGGCAGAAGACAAGGCACAUGGGGCAGCUGGUCUCCUUGGUAACAAAGAGAUGCUAAGUUGUCCAAACGGGAUAUGUCCAGGUGUAGAAGAGCAAGCCUGUGCCUUAAAGCUCUCGAAGUGCAUGCUCUCAGAAGCACCUGCUUCCUGUCAGCUGCACCCUGGUGAGAAAGAGGCAGAGGGUGGUGAAGACCAUGUUACACCAAAUGAGCUACCUGGGAAGCAGAAUGGAGCAUAUCCUGACUUUCGAGUGGGUUCAGGGUUCCCCACCCUCAUUCGAAGUUUCCAGCCUCCCCUGGUGAAGACCCAGACAGUCACCAUCUCUGAUGUUACUAAUGCUGGGAAGAGUGAAAUCCCAACCAAAGAUGUCCCCAUUGUUCACACUGAGACCAAAACCAUCACUUAUGAGGCUGCCCAGACUGAUGAGGGCAAUGACGACUUAGAUCCUGGGGUCCUGCUGACAGCUCAGACCAUUACAUCAGAGACCACGAGCAGCACCACCACGACUCAGAUUACCAAGACUGUAAAAGGUGGGAUCUCUGAGACUCGGAUUGAAAAAAGAAUUGUGAUCACAGGAGAUGCCGACAUUGAUCACGAUCAGGUCCUUGUUCAGGCAAUCAAAGAAGCCAAGGAACAGCACCCCGACAUGUCAGUGACCAAGGUGGUUGUCCAUCAGGAGACCGAGAUCGCCGAGGAGUAACUCAGGAAUCUCACCCAACUCCUUUUCUAGUCUUGGAGAAAACUAACAGAAAAAGAAGGAAACUUCCUUCAGCAUUCAGGCUUUGGACUUUCAAGAUUUUUCUAAAAAUCACAGAAAAUUCACCUUCUUUUGCAUUUGGAGUUAAUGAUGUGGGAUUCUUCUAGAUGCCACUGAGCCUUUGCCAUAGCUUUUUCUAGAUUGUGAUGUCAGAAACCGCCCAACUUUUGACUCUGUGGACUGUUUUUUAGCUCUGCGGUGGUGAUUUUUUUCAGGGUGGCUUGCACUCCUCACUUUUUCAUACCUGUUUCUGACCCCAGGCACUGACCAUUCCAUGGGCUUUGCCGCCUCUCAAGAACCUCAUUUGCUGUGCUGGAGGAGAAAGCCAGGUUAUUGGUCUCUGUUCUUUAUUGCACCCUCUAGGUGGCAGACAUGGCUACAAAAACCAACUCUUCCCCCUCUGGAGCCAAUGAGUUCACUUCAUCUGUCUGAUAGAAGCCUGGGGAAGUGGCAGUGUCUCUCCCCAGUGUCAGAUUAGAAGGAUAUUCUUCGUGAAUCGUGGGCAGAGAGCCAAAUGCACACCAUAAUGGGCAGAGACCUCAGCUUCGAAUGUAGUGUUUUACUCUCUAACACUCUUUUUUUCAAAAAGCUAUUUCAGUAGCUUAGAGCAAAGAAACUGGAUCUUCAAAUAUAUAUGAUACUGUGAAUUCUCAAGCACAUUCAUGAAACUGUCACCCACCUCCUUAAACUUUUGGCCCCUUCAGAAACAGCCUUUUCCCCACUCCCAACAUAAGAGAUCAAACUUUAUGGAUGGUAGUCUCGAAACAACAGCUGCUGACCACCCAAAUGGACUGUGCAUCGUCCACCCAGCAGGCACGAUACAGCAAAGUCCUUGGCUUCAGGAGGGGUGAUGGGGAGGCUUAAUGAGGUGUGGGAGUGAGUCUGUUUCUGACCAUGUGCUGCUCACACGCAGGAGACUGGUGGGUUUGGCCUUGAACUGUCACAUUCUGCCAAGAAGCCUUCCUAGGGCAGCUCCACCAUCUAGAAGCAUCAGAGCAGCAGGCCUGGACCUUCUCUCCCCACCCAGGCCUGCCAAGGGGUCUCUCCCUAAGCCAAGGCCCUUGUGGGCCUGGGACCUUGGUCUCCUCUCCCAGGGUUGUAGCAUGACCUGGGAAUCAGAGCAUGUCUUCCUUCCAUAAGGCUUGACUCUUUUCUACUCGAGUUUGAGGCUUGCUGAAUUUGGUUUUAAAGUGUUUAGAACUGACGUCCUCAGGAUUCAUGAUCGCAGUGUUCCCUGUGCCUGCCUCCAAGGCACCUGCCCAACCUAGCCCAGGGCUGGGGCCUAGAAUUGAGGAUUUUCUCUCGCGGUCACUGGGCCUCCCAUUGACCUGCCUCUCUACUCCCCGACACAUCUCCCCUAACCUGGAACUGGAAAGGAUAAAGGGCUUCCUAGGAUGUGGACAAAGGGAGCUGCAAGAAGGGGGCAAGAAAGUAAGCAGUUUGUCCAGGCUUCAGAGUGGUAUCGUGCAGCUCACUGAUGCCAGCCACCUCCUUCCCCCAGGCUACCAUUCUGUGGCCUCCCCUCCCUAGAGCUUGUAAACCAGGAGGGACAUCACUGUCAGCCGUGAGCACCCAGUUACUUUGGAAUUGAUCCCAGCAGGGGAGAAGAGUGGGCCUCAGGGAGCGAUGCUAAAUCGGUGCCCCCACCCCGAAAUGGAUGCCAAAUGAAGACAGCCACCAGUCAAGAAAAUGUCAGGAGCCAUGUUUAUAGAACAGCAGAGCAGGUGUUCUUGGUCACACAGGCAGCCAGGCCACAGUGAGGUGAAAGACUCCUUGUAAGCCCAUCGCCAUUAGUAGGUAAAUCACAAAGCCUCUCUUUCUAUGGAGAUCAGGCUGGUGGUAUCAUCUUCACAUAUAAAGGACAGGAACAAAAAGCUGAGUACAUUAUCAGACAUACUGGUAGGGCCCACAGAGUUUGGGGUCAGGCAGGAAUGAACACCGAGGUUUACGGAAAAGUUGUCCUAGAGCAGAGUGAUAGGACUUAAAGCAUGAACUUGGUAGAGCCGAGUCCUCAUCCCAACUUUGUAUAUCCCUAGAGCCUAGUCCCCUCAUCGACUGAUGAAGACCAAAGCCCAGAGAAGUUAAAUGGCUCAUCUGUUGUCACACAACUAGGGGUUGGUGGGCCUGUGGCUCUUUCUAGUCCCUCAGCUGGCUCACAAGUGGCUAGCUCACUAGCUGCGUGGCCUUAGUCAAAUAUCUGUCUCCCCUUUGGGCCUGUUUCCUCCUUCAAGCAGUGGGGGUCAUUUGGCCUGCAAUACACGCUGCCCUACAGCCUCCCUCCUCUCCUCCCCCUUGACCUAACCUGGCAGUAGAUGUUGAGACUAUUUGGAUUUUCUGCUCCUAUUGUGUUUUAAAAGUGAAAAGAACCAGAUGCAAGGAGAUAGGGGGGCUACCCUUCUGGGGCACCAAGGGGAGGGGAAUUGUAGGGCAGGAUCAGAACUCCAGAGGCUUAGCAAUACCCCCAGAUUUAGGGACUUGGCAGAAACUUGACCAAAGUGACUCAGACAUACCACAAACAACUUUCUCUACAGUUUUUAUUCUCUUCCACCCCAAGAUGACAGACUGCAGCUCGAUCUGUCAUCCCUAGCUGCAGGCUAUUCCAGAGUUUCUGUUUACAGCAUCUCAGGCCCACCCUGUAUCCAGUACAGUGGGGGGAGGGGAAGGGUAGGAGAGGAGAGACUUGGGGAGCCCAAGACACCCCCCCAUCCAGGCUCCAGACCCUGUUCCACCAAUUUGUUCCCAAUCUAGGUUUUCUUUCUACAAAUUCAGUUUUCAAGUGUAUUAUUUAGUUGCAAAAUAAAAAGAAAAUGAAGGUUUGUAAAUUUAAAAAAACAAAAAACUCAUAAUUAUGUAUUGUAUUGAAUAGCUGUUUACAUUUCUUGAUGAACUAGGAGCUAUGGCAGCAGAAUCAAACUGGGAAAAUUCUUAGAUUAAAUUAGGUGAUGAUCGAAUCUGCUAUUUGGGACUUUGGUAGGAGAGGCAGGGUAGGUUGUGAUAGUGUUUAGAUAUACUGGGUCGGUCUUGCUGCUUGUAUUACUUUUUCAAUAAAUUUCAAACAAAGA